AUGUCGCGAUUCUGGAAGAAAAAAGACAAGGCCAAGGACGACAACCAUCUGUACCUGGGCGACGAGGACGACUACGGGCCACAGAUCCCCACAAACGCCUCCUCCACCGCGUCGUUCAGCGGCCCACAGCACCCAGCCAGUCAUUCGUCUCCGUCUCUUCACCAACCGCAGAACGGCGUCGGACUGGGCGUCGGCGUCCAGCCUGAGUACGGCGGGCCCGGCAACUUUGGCCCCAACGAAGGACACGGCUACGGACCGGGCCAUUCGCCGUACGGACAGUUCCAGGACCCGCCACAGCACCAGCAGCAACAGUAUGGAAGCGAUCCGGGAACCCCGGGAGGCCCCGACGCCCACCCGAUCGACUCCAUGCCCGAGCUGGCGUUUGAAAAUCUCGGAUCCAAGCUCUCAGGCUCCGGCAGAACCAUGUCCAUGAGCUCGCAGGGCGCGCCAGCGGGCCUAUCCAUGGUCCUCAACCAGAGCGACACAAACCCCAUUAUCCCCACGCUACGUCACCCCUCGCAGACAGCAGAGGGACUUGCCGGAUCGGCUUACAGAAAACAGGUAGCUGCCCAGCGCCAAAAACUGCAGCAACAGGACGCCCAGGCGUACCACGACAUUGGCUCGUACCCACAUCAGAGCUCCCAUCUGCAGCAGCUACCACCCCCCAAGCAGCGAUCCGGACCCCAGCGGUUCCACAUGGGUCCUGCAGGCCCCGUGCCUCCCGGAUCGGACUAUUACAUGCCUCAUCGGGCAUCCGGAGCACCCAUCAACGGCCCUCCGAUCGGAAAACAAACCCUCGGAGGAGGACGAGCCAUGUCACUAGGCUCGGGCGCCAUGCAGGCUGCCCAGAACUUUGGCCCGGGCCCUGGCGGCUUUGGAGCAGGCAGAACCAUGUCCGGGCUGUCGAUGCAUUCUAUGGGCUCCAUGCACUCAAUGGGAGGCCCCAGACGGUCCAACGGUAGCUUUGGACCGGGUGGACCAGGCGGGUUCGGACCGCUGUCACCAGGAGGAGGCCCUGGAGGUCCACCUCCCAACUUUGGACCCUUGUCGCCAGGUGGAGGACCUGGAGGACCUGGACCAAACGGGUUCUUUGGACCAGGACAGGGAUACUACGGUCCAGGACCCGGUCCCGGAGGUCCUCCGUUCCAUCCGCCUCGACAUGGCUCUCCAGGACCAGGGUUUCAUGGAUCGCCUGGUCCUGGGUACCAUGGUUCUCCUGCCAUGCAUAGUUCCCCCAACCCUGGCCAGUAUGGUCCUGGGAUGCCUGGACAAUACGGACCCGGAGGACCCAACCCUGGGCAGUACGGUCCUGGACAGGGACCUGGCGGUCCCAACCAUGGCCCCAACUCUGGUCCUAACCCCGGACAAGGCCCCAACCCAGGCCAGUACGGCUCUACUGGCCCCAAUUCAGCCUACGACUCCUCUCCAGCUCCUUCCCCCAAUCCUGACACUCCGGACACAUCUGAGUCGUCUCCUCCUCACGUGAAACCAGCUGCCCAGGUCAAACCGUCGCCCGGAUCAGCUCCCUAUCCGUCUGGAUCGCAUCCCAACGCCGUCAAGCGCGGCUCCCCAGCCCUCGGCAACAGCAAGGAGGAUAUCUCGUUUGAGGAGGCCGAGGAGGAGGCCGACGAGUCGUUCAAGCACAAAUACGAGUCCCAAUAUGCGAAGAAGUCAGUGGAGGAGCUUGAUUACGCAAAUAAGCAGACGGACGAGACCGGCUUUGCGCUGCCCCAGCUGCCCGACAUUGACCAGGCCUCCCUUAAUGUCCCUGGUGUCAUGUCCAAGACUCCCACGCCCACAACGACCGUUUUCCCCAAUGGCAUUUCUGCUGAGGAGCCUGCCGAGUACUCUGCCUUUGAUCCCAAGAGUGUAAUUCAGGACGCUCUAGCUCGAGGACCUGCUGAUGUCAAUGAGGUUCAGAGUAACGAGUUUGAGCGCAAGUUUGAGCGGGAGGCUGAACGGGAGGUGGAGCAGAAUACAGGUUACCGGGAUGACGCCUAUGGUCAGGAUGAGUAUGGUCAGGGCAACGGUUACCAUGGAGAUGAAUACAAUGCUCAGGGUGAGUAUGGUACCCAGAACCAGGGUGAAUAUGGUCAGGACGAGUAUGGAAACAAUGGCAACCUUUCUCAGAAAGAGUUCACUGAGGUGGCUCCCUCAACCUCUCCUACCCACUCAAAGCACUCCAACUCUACACCUACCAAGGCUCAUUCCGAGCUCUACCAGCCCGAGUUCUCGCCAGAGUCUUCCCGACAAACCCAGACAGCCUCUGCAUUCUCGCCCCAGUCGAUCCCCCCGGCUGGUUCUCCUCUCCCCGAGGGUCCUGUGCGAUUGCACAAUGCCGAUUUGUACGGUGCUGGCCUCGCUGACCGAAGUGAAGAAAUUGUAAGCCCGGUGCGGGACGCAAGUGAUUUGUCACGUGAUAGUGGUUCUCUCACGCAUGACAAUGGUUCCAUCUCCAGCCAGAACCGUGACAACACAUCUCUUUCUCGCGACAACGGCUCAAUCUCCAGCCAGAAUCGAAACCCUGGUAGCUCGCCCAGCUACCCUUUCCAGCACUACGAGCAGCGGGACCAUUCUGCUACUGCCGAGUCGCCCAAGUUCUACUCUUCGCGAUCUCCUGACAUGUCUCGACAGCCCACUCUUCCCAUUGUUGUUCCCGAGCAACAGGAGCCUCAGGUGGUCGUUGAAAAGAAGCAGGCUGUGGUGGGUUCUGUGGCCAGUGGUAAGGUGGGUGGAGGUAGUUCUGACGCCGGGUCUCGGCCCGGGUCUCGUGACAAGUCACACGACAAGUCACUUGACGAAUCCCGACCCGAAUCUCGUGAUUCAUACGACGACGACGGGCCUCGACCCCAGACUCGGUACCGGUCCGACUACCCUGCAUUUUCAGACUCGCCUACACCCUCCCCUGUCUCCCCUCCUCAGUUCUACAACUCCCGAAGUCCUGUGUCGUCUACUACUGACAAGAUGCGUUCUUUGGAUCUGAACGAGGACAAGAGUGAUCCUUUCGUGGAGUCGAAGGCUAUGGAGCCCAAGGCUGCGGAGCGGACUGUUCCUGAGUUUGAGCCAGUGCACAAGAAGGAGCCUGUUCAGAAGCAGGUUCUUUCUCCUGUCAUUCCUACUCCCGUGCCUGUUCCUGAGGUGAAGGAUGUGCCAGCCACUCGAGAGAUUGAGGAGGAGGCCAAGGAGGUGGCGGAGACCGCCCCUGUGGUCACUGUGGCUCCUGCUCCGAAGGUUGACGAGAAGAUGCAAGGAGAGGAGGUGCCUCAAGAGAAUGUCGAGUCGGUCGGGUCUGCAGAACUGGACUCUUCAAUCGAACCACCUCAGCGGCUCAGUCUCAAGCCUUCUGCUGAUUUCUCUGAUGCCAAGGCCGGCCUCGAUUUUAGCGACUCUGCUCCUCGAGACAAGGCUUCGUGGGCUGCCAAGUCGCGCCAGCUGUCUUCUUCCCCUGACUCGACUCCCCGGUCUAGCACCCACCAUGCGAGCAUGACUCCUCCCUCUGUCAGGCGUGACGGGGUGUCUCCUCGAGCGGUUCGAAACUUCUCUUCUCCUCGAAAGGAAGAGGUUGUGACUAUUGCAAAGGACACUACUGAGGUUGAGCAGCUGCGACAGGAGUUGUCUGUGCUCACCGGCGAGCUGGCGGACUCUCUGCAUCGAGAGUACGUUCUCGAGGGUCGUCUGCACAAUAAGCGGGGCACCGACGCAGCUUCUGUUCCUUCCUCUAUUCCCGAGGCGUCUUCCAAACUUGUAGAGCUCGAGAAACAGUUGCUUUUGGAGCGACAAAAGCGACACCAGGUGGAGAACCAUUUCCGAGGCACCCCCGACUACUCCGGACUCUACAAGGAAAACGAGUUUGCCGAAAAGAGCCGGCAGCUCGUUUCGGCUCGUCUGGAGGUGGAGCGGCUGUCCAAGGAGCUGCAAGAGCUUCAUGACAAGAGCGAGAAGCAGGCAUCCGAGAUCACGGCGCUCAACUCGCAGCUGCCGGAGCUUCGAGACCUGGAGGCCGUGCACAAGAUGGUGGGUUCGCCUAUUGAGCUACAGAAGCAGAUUGACGAGCUCAAGGCGGACAAAAUCUCGUUGUCUCGCACCCUAGAGGAGUCGUCAACCCGAGGACCCAUGGGCGAGAAGCUGCGAACGGUGGAGGGCCAGAGAGAUGCGUUCCGGGAGGCGUUGCGGUCGUUGCGAGAACGUAAGGACGCUGAGACGCGGUCGUACGCCGACCGAAUCAAGGUGUUGGAAGCCCGGCUGGAAAAGGAGAAGCUUCUUAAUUCCAGCAUGACUCGACACUUGACUGAGUCACCUUCUUCUACCAGUCUGAGCUCCAACGGGCGUUUGAACAGUCCCACAGCCCUUGCAUUUGACUUGAAUAAUUAA